AUGCAGUCUACCCAACGUUCUGCCACAAACCCAUCUUCAACACUACAGCUUGCCGCCGCUCGAAAACGUGAUUCGCAGGUGCAAGGAUUGAAAUCCCGAUUGCGAAUGAACAUGACAGCCAUCACCGAGAACUACGAAAUGAUUUUGUCCCGCGCAAAAGUGGAUCCGAAUGACAAUCCCUCAGAAUUGGGUUCGUUUGCCCAGACGGAACAGGAUACGUUUGAGAUGAGUGUGCGUGCUGCCAACAUUGUGAUACGGGUUCAUGAAAGCUGCACCGGCCUUCCCGAUCUGGAUGGAACUAUCAUUGGCGAGAACCCGGAGAGUGGUAUAUCCGCCCAGGAAGCCGACCUUCUUGAUACUAGCUACGUUGCCACCCAAGGAAGCACAAACCCAAAUGGGAACGAUCAUGUUGCCCUGGUUGGUUUAGAACUACCGUCUGUCCAUGCCUGUGAGAACUUGACACGUUUGGUGUCGGAAAUCAAACAAAUGCUGAUUCUCGGGGACUUUCGUUGGCUUGCUCAAAUCACAACAGCUAACGCGGAGGAUUUACGCAAACGCCGGGCUCAUCUAGAUCGUAUCAGUCUACGACUUCGUGACAAACUGGUGGCCGAUCUGUAUGCAAUUGAAGAGGAGUGCGCUGGCGGUGGUAGCCUCUUUGCUGCGACUGCCGUUCCACCACCGACUACAUUAUCUUCUGAUUGAUUUGUAAAUUCAGACUCACCGUUUUUCCCUCCCUUCCGACAAAAAUCGAAGCCAUUACCGACGUUUUUGUAUUUCCUGUUCCUCCUGGGUUCACACUGACGGACUUUUCAUGGUACCGAAAAGGGUAGACUCAAAGGUGUGCUAUCAACCGUAUGACCUGUGACACUAUCAAGGCCACUCCGUUUAUCGCCCCUGUUUCACCUACCACAUUGGAAUUUCAACUUUCACCCACUCAUGGAAUCUGCUCACUGAACGCACUUAGCUGCUAAGGAAUCUCGUUGCGUGCUGAGAGGGAUUUGAGACAAUACACAGUGCUCAUGGAUUUAACCAGUGUUCUCGUGAGGUCACAGUUGAAGUGUUAUUGGUCGCAGUGGAUAAUGUUCUCGAUAUGAGCAACACUGUUCCGUCAUUCUCCAUUAGGCCACUUGAGAUGGAUAUCACCUCUUGACAGUCAUUUUUCAACCCCCCCCCCCUCCCAGAUUUCCAAGCUCCUUUAUAGAGGUGUAAUUUAGACUUAAAAUUUGGACAACUUCUACUUAUGAUAGCAGUUUACAUGCACAGGUUACACUGCGACGGGAGACAAAGUACAAUGGCCUACUCGCCCUUACAGUGCUUUGCCUUCAGGUCUUGAAGCUAACCAUGAUGGCAAUAGCCUGUACCCAGA